AUGUCAGCCACCAUCCCAGGUCUACGGCGCAUGGCAGUGUGUACUGCCGCCCUUCGCGGCGUCGCCGGUGUGUCGCGGAGGACAAUAUCGCGGACGUUGCGCCCGGCAGUGCAGAGGAGGAGUGUUGGGUCUGCUGCAAAUGAUGCUCAACAGCGGAUGCUCGCUGCUCAUUUGCAGCAGGCUGAUCCUAUUAUGUAUGACAUUAUUGAGAAGGAGAAAACCAGGCAAAAGAACUUCAUCAACCUUAUCCCGUCCGAGAACUUCACCUCCCAGGCUGUGUUGGACGCCCUAGGGAGCCCGAUGCAGAAUAAAUACUCGGAAGGAUACCCUGGUGCACGGUACUAUGGUGGUAAUGAAUUUAUUGAUGCCUCAGAAAGGCUAUGCCAGCAGCGUGCCCUUGAGACAUUCGGUCUUGAUCCCCGGGAAUGGGGUGUCAAUGUCCAGGCUCUCUCGGGCGCCCCGGCCAACCUUUACGUCUACUCUGCCCUGAUGGAAACACAUGAUCGCCUCAUGGGCCUUGAUCUCCCUCAUGGCGGUCAUCUGUCGCACGGCUACCAGACCCCGACCAAGAAGAUCUCUUUCAUCUCCAAGUACUUCGAGACCCUGCCCUACAGACUCAACGAGGAGACCGGUCUGAUCGACUACGACAAGCUCGAGGAGACAGCACUCCUCUACCGUCCCAAGAUCAUUGUGGCUGGCGCAUCAGCCUACUCUCGUCUAAUCGACUAUGCUCGCAUGCGUGACAUCUGCGACAAGGUCAACGCCUACCUCAUGGCCGACAUGGCGCACAUCUCGGGUCUGGUCGCUGCGAAAGUCCUGCCCGGCCCUUUCACCCACGCCGACAUCGUCACCACCACCUCGCACAAGUCCCUGCGCGGUCCUCGCGGAGCCCUCAUCUUCUACCGCCGCGGUGUGCGUCGUGUUAACGCUAAGACCGGUGCUGAGGAGCUCUACAACCUCGAAGGCCCUAUCAACGCCUCCGUCUUCCCCGGUCACCAGGGCGGUCCCCACAACCACACCAUCGCCGCGCUCGCUGUGGCCCUCAAGCAGGCCCAGACGCCCGAGUUCAAGUCCUACCAGACCCAGGUCCUAGCUAAUGCGAAGGCUCUCGCCCGCCGGCUGGGUGAGCCCAAGGAGAAGGGUGGUUUGGGCUACAAAAUUGUAUCUGGCGGCACGGACAACCACCUGGUGUUAGUCGACCUCAAACCGCAGGGCAUCGACGGCGCUCGCGUCGAGCGUGUCCUGGAGCUCGUUGGCGUCGCGGCUAACAAGAACACUGUGCCCGGCGACAAAUCGGCCUUGACGCCUGGCGGACUACGCAUGGGAUCCCCUGCGAUGACAACACGUGGGUUCACGGAAGAGGACUUUGAGCGCGUGGCGGAUAUUGUUGAUCGAGCGGUGACAAUUGCGAUCCGCGUGGAUAAGGCGGCCAGGAAGGCUGCGGAAGAGAAGGGCGAGGGUAAGACGGCUGGCCGGUUGAAGACCUUCUUGGAAUAUCUGGGUAAUGGUGAGACGGAUAGGGAAAUUGUCCAGCUCAGGAGCGAGGUUGCUGAUUGGGUUGGAACGUACCCACUGCCGUGGGACGAGGGCAAGGCGUAG